AUGUCCUACAAAGAUGCUGCAUGUAGCACCAAGCUGGGUAUCAUACCACCUGAUUAUCCGGCAACGAUAUGGCCUACGGAUAAACUAAGGGCCAUUCAACACGCUAUCCUGGACAGCAUAAGGAAAAAGCAGACUGGUGGUGCCAAGCCAAUCUUUAACAGCUGCACCUUCCGCGCAGGAUACAUAGUUGUCUCAUGUGGCAACGAUGAAACAACCGACUGGUUAAAGGCAGCAAUGCCUAAACUUGAACCAUGGAAAGAUGCGCAAAUUAAGAUCGUUUUAGAAAAGGACAUACCAAGGCCUUUGAUCUUCACAUGCCACUUUCCAGAACUGGACAGCACAUCCACAGAGGACAUCCUCAACCUCCUGGAUGGGCAAAACUCUGGCCUGAACGUUCAGGAAUGGCGGGUACUACGUAGAGUACAAAAGGGUAAGGUGACGGAGCUAACCAUCGCAAUCGACCCCAUCUCCGCCAUUGUGAUCAAAAAACAUCACUACUGGUUGAACUAUGGGUUUAGCACAGUUCAACUUAGAACUAAGGCCAAAACCCCGGAGAAGGAUGCUGAACCAGAAGUGCCCAAGCCUCCCGCAUUGCAGCGGACCGAGGAACAACCCUGCACUUCGGCAUCGGCGAUCGCAGCAACCGCAGUGAGCGUAACGCAAACUGAUGAGCAGCCAUGUUGCUCUAAAGAUGCGCCACACGCCACCAAGCCUGCACCAAUGUCAAGUGCUCAAAGGGUAGAGGAAGGCAUAAGAAUGCGAAAAUAA